GCUAGCUGCUUCUAAGGUUUUUUCACUUCACUCUGCGACUCUUCUCCUUUCCCUUAAGCCCUCUCUUUUCUCUCUUUCUUGGUUUCUCUUCCACUUUCUUUUAUUUUUUCUUUUUUCCAGUCAUGAAUGUGACAUUGCAACAGUUAGACAGCACCUUCUGUCACCAAGAAAACGAUGGCAUGGCUAAACAAUGUCAUAUUUACAAGCCGUUCUCUCCCUCUUCAUCAAUGGGAGUGUUUGAGGACAUGGGUUCUCUCUCCAUUAGCCCAAGCUACGGAGCUUACUGUUGUAAGAGUUCUGAUCAGAGGGGGCUGCACAUGGGUUUUCCAUUAAUGGGGAACUGCAGCAGUAGUUUGGAUGACACCCAGAACAGUGAGGGUGGUGGUGGAGAUGGCAAGGGGUCUGAAACCAGUGAUGGGUUUGGGGAAAACAGUGGCGUUGCCAUGGAAAUCAUCAACAAGGGCAUCAACUUAAAUGAAGAGAGACCAAAUGAGAGCUCUGGAUUAGAUGGUGGCCAGUCAAAGCUAUGUGCCAGAGGGCAUUGGAGGCCUGCAGAAGACUCUAAACUCAGAGAACUUGUUGCUCUUUAUGGCCCACAGAACUGGAACCUUAUAGCAGAGAAGUUGGAAGGAAGAUCAGGUAAGAGCUGCAGAUUAAGAUGGUUUAACCAGUUGGACCCAAGAAUCAAUAGAAGAGCUUUCACUGAGGAAGAAGAAGAGAGGCUAAUGGCAGCUCAUAGAUGGUAUGGUAACAAAUGGGCCAUGAUUGCUAGACUCUUCCCAGGAAGGACUGAUAAUGCAGUAAAAAAUCACUGGCAUGUUAUAAUGGCAAGGAAAUACAGAGAGCAGUCUAGUGCUUAUAGGAGGAGAAAGAUGAAUCAAGCUGCUCACAAAAAGUUGGAGGUGGGUGGUGGGAGCUAUGUGUGCAGAGAUACAUCCAUUAGAACUGAACACAACUCUCUCAAUGUCUGCAAUGGCAACAACUUCAUCAAAUCUUCUCACCACUUCCCAUUUGCAGCUCAUAUGGGUGGUGGUGGGUCUAUUAUCAAUGGCUCCCACAUGACCAGUAGUGAAGAAGCAGUGUCAAGUGGUGGUGGUGAUUGGUUGGUGGGUGCUUCUUCAAGCAGCAACACUAUGUUGCCUCCUCACCACACUGGACCUUGUCCAAGCCAGACACCUUUUCAUUUCCUUUCUGACUCUGUUGCAUCAACAUCACAAGUCUCAGUCAGUGAACCAUCAUCAUCAACAUCAGCUGCAGAGAACAUGGCAAACACCCAUUUUGAGGCCACCAUAUCACCACCAUUUAUAGACUUCCUUGGAGUAGGAGCCACAUGAAGGAAAAGAGUUUCCAAAAGCUAGUUAAAAAAAGAUUUAGAAGACGUAGUUCAGACAGGUGACACUCCCCCAAAAGAAAAAAAGAAAAAAGAAAAAGAAAAUCAUCAUCUGUUUCCUUGUACCCAUUCCCACAAGAAACCAUUUCCAAAGCUGAAACAAUAAACUUUAUCUUCAUCAUCA